UCAGUUAAUUGUCAAUAAUGUCUAUAUUAGUUAUUGGAUGAUUGCAUUAAACAAUAUAUAGAAUUAUGCCGCAAUUAGUUUAUUACGAUGAAGUAGAAAUCGAAGAUUUCGAGUACGACGAAGACGAGGAGGUAUAUUAUUAUCCUUGUCCGUGCGGUGAUCAGUUUCAAAUAUCUCUCACCGAUCUGGUCGCCGGCGAAGUAGAGGUUACGUGUCCUUCCUGCUCCCUCGUGAUCAAAGUGAUUUACGAUAAGGAACUCUUUCGCGCUAAGCAAGAAGAGCUCGAAAAGAAAAGUGCUAAAAAAGAAUUAGCAAUUCAAAAAGUUUGAGG